CGCACGUAGGGCAGAGACUCACUUACCUCCUGUCACCGUCACUCUCAUUCAUCCUUUUCCUGCCUCUCCCUCUCCGUCUUUCCUCCUCACCUUCUCUCUGCUUCAAGUCAUUCACAAGUGGAGGACUUCCCCACCUGCAGCCAGAUCAUAAUGCUGAGAAGACAGGAAUCAUACAUUCAAAUGAGUCUGAAGAAUGGAUAAGUGCUCCAUGUCACUUUAGAUCAGCACUGCAUCUGAAUUCCUUCUCCGAACAACACAUAGCAAGGCUGGAUUAUUUAAUGUCCCUGCUCUGAAGUUGUUAUCUGUUUGCUACUAAGCAAUAAAUAUCAAGUCAAGCAAAAGACGACCAUGAAGCCUGCCACUUAAAUAAGGUAGAGAAUUUGAUCAAAUCCCUUAAUGUGAGAUCCAGUUAAUGACUCAUCUUUGAUUCUGUUGCCUGGUUGAGGCAGACGCACAUCAAGUGUCUACCUGGGGAUUUCCUUUUGUUUUAUGGAGGCCUUGCAUUGUCAGAAAACAACUGGGGAGCAGACCGGAGAUCAAGAACAACAUCAGUCAGAAUCUCUUCAGCAAGGUCUACAGCGAAAGUCUCCUUCCCAGACUUCUCAAGAUCAUCUAACUGCUUGCCCAAGGUCUCAUAGUACAGUACUGCUGCCCAAACUGUCCAGAAGACAUAACCCUGAUCGUAAGCGUCUCAGGCACCAGCGGCAGAGCAUUGUCUCUGAUACAGUACUGGAAUACAAACAAGAGACAACAGAAUCAGCUACAGUUUCCAGCUCAUCUUCAGGAGUCCUACAUUGCACUGAAGACCCUACUAUACAGUUUGCAUUAGAAACCCAAGAGGACAACCCCAAACAGAAGCGUGAGCGUAAGCCGCAGAAACCAGGCAAAUAUGUUUGCACUUACUGUGGACGAGCAUGUGCAAAGCCCAGUGUUCUACAGAAACACAUUCGCUCGCAUACAGGCGAAAGACCCUAUCCUUGUGCGCCGUGUGGCUUCUCUUUUAAGACAAAGAGUAACCUGUACAAACACCGCAAAUCACAUACCCACAGGGUAAAGGCAGGCUUGACACUUGGAGAGCCAAAAUCUUUAGAAGAACAAGUCACUGAGUCAGAGGAUGAAACAAGACAGCUCCCCUCUGCUUCAACCCUUACAAAUAGACAAAACAAUUUAGCCUCAGGUAAAGGUCCUGAAGCCGAUGUGUCAAAAGAUAUCACUGGAGCCAGCAAUGACUCCUAUGCAGUGAAAAAGAGACUUGCCCUUCGUUUAAGUAGAGGGAAACAUGGUUCUCACGAAUCUUCUGAUGAGAAGACUUCCUCUCUCACAUCAGGUAGUAGAGGCAGUACAGAGUCUGGCUACUUCUCCCGCUCUGAAAGCACAGAGCAAUCACAAGACAGUCCCCCAAACACGAGUGCCAAAAGCUACGCAGAGAUUAUCCUAGGUAAAUAUGGACGUCUUGGACAACUACAGAAGAUGUCCCGUCAUCAUAACCAGCAUCCCCCUGGUCAUGAGGAAAAAAACAUCUCAUUUACUGUACCCAAGAAACAGGUUAUUGAUCAUAUUACAAAGCUCAUCACCAUCAAUGAGGCAGUGGUAGAUACCAGUAAAAUUGACAGUGUAAAACCAAGGAGAUUCUCACUGAGUAGAAAGAAUAGUUCAGAGGCUCAGAAGAGUUCAAGCAUCAAAGAACACUUCAUUCACAGCCCUAAAUCUGGAGAUCUGGGGUAUAAAACUACAGGCUCCAUUAGUAUGGGGGUUCCCUGUGAAAAAUUUCAUAAUCGAUCCCUAAUAGUGGAGCAACCUCCUUGCCAAAUACCCCCUGCCUCCAUGGUGAGAAGUCUCUCACUGCCAUCUGCAUCAGGUUCAUUAGACACUUCAAGUACUGUUCCCUGUAAAUUUCGGCAAACUCAGUCAUUUGAUGAGCAACCUUCUGAAAGCCAAGUGUCGCGUCGAUUCAGAACACUAAGAAGACAGCCAGCCAUUGAAAUCCCUGUAGGUGCAGAGCCUACAAAAGAAGAGCAAGAUCCUUCUCAUACAAUUUCCUGCAACAGUGCAACCACAGUAUCUGACCAGAAGCAACAUCAACCGCAGCCGUAUGAAUGUGAAGCUUGUGGCACUGGUUGCAAAGAUUGGGAAGGUUAUAAGAAACAUAAGCAAAACAUAUGCCAUGCACACUAUCCCCAGAAUGAAAUGGUAAUGAGUCCAAUGGAGAGCUCGCAGUUAAGUAACCAUUCAGUCAGAGCUGGAGUUUCAACAAUGCGUAAGAGAAGGAAAGAAGACAGUUUUGAGUCUGAUGACCUGUCAUAUCCUUCAUUGUCCUCUUCGGCCCUUGUAUCAGGACAAUGUAAAGAUGAAAUUAUUGUAGCUAUUGAGAGCCUUGGGAAGCCAACACUCCAAACCUGCUCAGUGAUUCAACACACUAGUUUAUUUGAAAAGCAAGAAUCUUCAUGUCAUGAAUAUCAAAGCCUGAAAAUAACAAACGACUCUCCACUUCAUAAAGAAAACCGUUCAAUGUCUAAAACUAAACACCAACAGCAGUCAGUAAAGGUUACAGGCCGAAAGCUGGUUCAUCAAAAUAAUGUGCAGGUUCCAGAAAUACUUGUAACAGAGGACUUAAACAUUAGCCCAGAGACCUCAAAAGAGUCAAAUUUGGCGGACAAAAAACUGGAGAGGCUUGAUGAUUUUCAUUGGCCACAAAGGAGCCCCUCGUUAGCACAGCUUCCCAUUGAAAAGCUCCCACCAAAGAAGAAGCGCUUACGUUUAGCUGAGGCUGCCCAGUCCUCUGGUGAUUCCAGCUUUGAUUCCAUUUCUCUACCCCGUAGCCCCAGUCAAGACAGUAGUGCAUCAUACGCAUCCAGCCGCUCUACAUCUUUUGAGGAACCAAGCAGACCAGACAUGGAGAUAGCGACAUCAACAGCGCUAAGGAGAUCAAGAGCCCCUCAGAUGUUGACUGUGCCUGGGAUGCAUCAUCAAAGAGAGAUGAGACGGUCAGCAUCUGAGCAAGCCCCCCAUGACCCACAACCUAAUGUUGUAAUGGCUGAAACCCGUAGUAAAUCAUUUGACUAUAGUUGUCUUUCUCCUGAGCGCUCUGCAAUUGGCUGGAAAGAAAGGCGAAAAUGUCUCCUUAGGAGACAUGCAGUAAUCCGAGAUCAAGAUGAUGAGGAAGGCCAUGGUACUGCCCUGAACCAUAGUCCGAAACAUGCAAGCUCUGACAGAUUUUAUCAAGAGAGUCAAACUUCUGUUUAUGGCAGCAGGUCCUCCUCUCCCCCUUUAUCAACUGUGCGACUCUUGGAUAUUCCAGAGGGAUCACAGUGCAAAGAGAUUUUCUCUAAGUGGAAACUCAGUCAGAAUAUUCACUUGAAAGGAAGCACAGAACCGUCAAAAACCGUUGGACCUUCAGUAGAUGUGAUAAAGGAGGCAUCUUACGUUCAUGCAGAGCAGGUUCCUCCUCGAGCACCACAGACAAAUCCUUCACAUGGACCCACGGGGGCAGCCCGAGCCCACUAUCUCCCUGUGUCUACCGGGCUAAAACUAGAGAUUCCCCUACAGCAUCAACCUUGUGCAGAGGUUCCCAGCAAUCACCGCUACAUUCAGCAACGUGUCCCUAUCAUCACUUCCUGUUCAGAAGAACUGAGGCCAUUUACAUCUCCAGCAGUAGUUGUUCGUCUCCAAACAGACACUUUCACCCCAGCAUGUGCCAUAUACACUACUCUAUCUCAGUCCAUCUCCCAGAGGCCAAAUGAGGCAUUUGACGUCAUCUCACCGAAUGUGAACCUUUCAAUAGUCAAAUUCAAAAAGCAAGAAGACCCAAGUUUAGAUCCGCAUCCAUGGUCUGACGAAGCCCCAAGGUUUCCAGGAUCCAGUGGCAACAAGCGAAUGCUUUCCCCUUCAAGCAGUAUAGAGCUCCACCCUGAGUUACAACAACAGCAGAAAAGAGUAAAAGAGGAAGAGAGGAAGGAGGUUGGAUGUGCCACUGCAGCAGCACUUGACACAACGAGUCAUGACUUCAAACAGGAAACUCAGUCGUGCUUACCAGAUGUUUCUUCGCCCAUCUCACGUGGUGAAUCUUCCUUCCCCAGCCUGCUCUCCAGCACCUGUAACAGCUGGUGCUAUUUGAACUACAUAAAGCCAAAUCCAUCUACCCUGGAUGAACAGAAGCCCUCAGUGUAUUCAUCAUGGUCUACUAGUGGCUAUGAUCCCAACCCACCUGGGCUCUGCAGCAAGACAGUACUCUCUCUAUUGCACUGUAAGCAGAGGCUCACUUCCUCCAUUUAUACUACAUCAUCCAUGAUGGUCGGGAUUACUGACUGUAUGGAGGAUGAGAACAGCAAACGACUCUGCUCUACUGAGGUCUACAGCAGCCCACCGUACUGCAGAAACCAUGAGCGGCUGGCAAAGGCAGAGCCGUCAACAGACGACAUGGUGUCAAGCAAAACCAGCAUGAAGACCGAGAAGAUUAGACAGGAGCAGGAAGUCCAUGUAUGUUCCAUAAAUGAUCAACGAGCUGAAGUAGGGAUAUCUGAAAGAAGAUCCCAGGCCCAACCAGGAGUUGUGUGUGGUGAAUGUGAUAGGAAGUGCCGGAGUGAAUCCAGGAAUCCUGCUGUGUGUUCAGAAGAAUCCAGAGCAUCUGUCUGUAAGCUGUGCAGCAGCACUCUGAAAGCUGCAGAUUCAGCAUGGCAUGGCCAACGCCUGACACCUGAGGUGUGUGAAGAAGGGAGAAGUCAUCACAAGGACACGCACGGAGAACAACCAGCUAAUCGGGAGGAUCUGCGAUGCCAUGAUCUGGACAAAGAUGCCGCUCAGCAGGAUAAUGAGGGCGCAGACACACUUAGCAGGCGUGAUGAAGGCAGCAGGUCCACACCACCUAAGGGGUCCCUCACCAACAGUGAAAAAGCUCAAGCAGAGGGCCAGCGGGUUGAGCAAACAGGCAACACAGGCAGCCCGUCCCUGCCAUUUACCACCAAGGAUGGUACCAAGAGGAGCUCAGCCAGUACCAGGAGGGCCCUGUUCGCCCGCAGACGCCUCAACGCUUCCGCAUCGGCAUCCUCCGGCGCCUCCCACUCUCCCCGCUCCCAGUCUCCAAGUUCAGGAAGGGAGCCGUCUCCGCCUCGCAGCCCGUCGCCCAGGCCUCACCAGUCCUCUGCACCUCCUCCAUCCCUCUCUCCAUCCACCCGUCCUGUCUCCUCGCUGCUGAACAAAGCAGCGUCUCCAGUCAGAGGCCAGACCGAGGGGCCCGACCCUGCCGGGCUUCCUGGCUCCCCGGCGGCUCCGUCUCAAAGCUGUUCUCAGCCGCAGCACCCGCGGCCAGCUGCAGUACUGCUGGGGGAAGAGACCAGUUUGGUCCCCAUCAUCGGCCCCCAUCCCACGCGGCCCCGGGGAACCAACAGGCUCCUGAGCCACCUCCCCCUGCACUCCCAGCAGCCCAGCAGGACGCCGAGCCUCUUGAUCCCCAUCGGGGGGAUUCACAUGGUUCAGCCCAGGUCCACCCUCCCUCUGUACAGCCUGGUGGCCAGUCAAGCGGGCUCCAGCAUCCUGAGUGACGCUCCAAAGGGAAAGCAUGCCGUUCAGCCCCGACAGGACACCCAGAAAGAGGCGCUGGGCUGCGGGCGCGGUGGUCCCCGGGGCCCCCAAGCUGCCGAGCAAACACCAGCAGGAGACGAAGGCCUCACCGUCCAGCAGCCGUCGACUUCCAGGGCAGGCACAGAACGUACGGAGAGGCACGUUUACACUAAAGGUCAAGACACGUCUGCCUCCUCUCAGAAACGCCUCUGAUAGGAGGGAGAGUUUAAAGGGACAGUGCAAAUAAAACUCCAACAAAACAAAGCAGUCCAGGUGACGGUGAAAUAUCCCAAAGCUCUCUGGUUCAGAGACGACAACAAGACAAAAGCACUUGAGCACCACUUCUGAAUGACGCUGUUAUGUAAUUAUCUGAAUCAUAAAUAUAUAUAUAUAUAUAUAUAUAUAUAAAUAUAAAUAUAUAAAUAAGCACUAUGUUAGAUAUGCAGUAUGUUUUGUAAAUCUUUUUUACCCUUUUGUUCGACGUCAUCUGUGUUAAUUUAUUUCUGUGCUAUUAUGCAAAUUCUGUACGUUAUGCAACAGCAGCUGGAAUGAAAUUGAGUUUUCUUGUUAACCCCGUUAAGACAGCUCUAAUACACUAUUGCUAUGUUAUGGUACUGUAUUAUCAGAACACAUAUUUAUUCCCUCAGAUCAGUAUUUAAAGUGCAAUUUGAUGUCAGGAUUGUGGUUUGAAGCGUCCUUCUUGAAGGCUGUGACUCUUCUUAUUUGUCCGAUUUUUAUUGUUCGUGUCGCCGGGUUUCAAGAAGCAGCUUUUCCUGCAGGAGCCGAGCUUCGGGUCUGGAUAUUUGGAGUGCACUGACAGACGACCUGAUAUCAAGUGGAGCCGUGUUUCAUGUACACAGUGACUAUGGUACUGUUGGGUUUCACUUGUGUAUUUUUUGUUGUAUUUUUUUAGGGUUUUUUUUUUCGGUCUUUUCUAAACGAUACAAUCACUCAUUUUCAUGUUUUCCAUUAAAUGUGUCAUUUUUACAGAUUUAUAUUAAAACUGUGAAACAUA